GCCACAACCAAAAUAAAUGCAAUAUUCCAAUUGCACAGCUCUGCACUAAGAUCAGCUGAAGGGUUAGUGAAAGCUUGAAGUAUGUCUCCCAGCACAGGGUCUGGGAAAUCAGUUUAGCAAAGAGAUCUCCUGGAGUGAAGUGUUGCAGCUUUUUGCAAAAUCUUAUAGAUGAUCUAUUAACUGAGAAGGAUCAUUCGUAAUCUCCUAUGGAUUCAGGCAACCGGAUGGUGUGUCUAUUAAAUAACUGACUUUAUCAUUAACAUAUCUUAUAAUUUACUGAUCUGGUGACAUGGAAGAGCUGCUGUUUACCGAUGGCGUCUAUCCGGAUUUUUCUCUCCUAAAAGAAGUUCUUUACCCGCUUUAUUUCGAAUCAGAGCCUUGCAAUGCAGAAAAAGAGUGGAACGAAUGGAUAAGAGAGGCGCAGUACCGCGAAGAACCACAGUGUGCCGCUGCUGAGCUGAGACAAUCGGGUAUCUCGGAUUGUGGCUCCAAUGAUCUUGCUGCCGGUGAGGCACGGAACUCUACAGCUGCGGGGACUAGGCUGCAAUGCCGCAGAAGGUCCAGUAGAGGGGGCAAGAAACGCAGCAGUAACAGGUUGGCUGUGGCAAAGGUUGAUAAGUGGUGUCUGACACAGGACAAUACCAAAAAGUUGCAACUUCCUGGGCACAGAAUGACGUGUAUGAUGCAGAUUCCCGAUCCCAGUAUUAUAUACUUAUUGGAGGAAAGUGUGAGGAAGCUUCCGAAGAGAGAGAACGCUUCAGAUGAUAACCAUGUCACUAAUUUCCCCCUGUAUGGGGAAUGCAGCAAGGCAACCUGUCAGUGGAACUGUCAUAGGGCUAAUAACAGUUCUUCCACUUUAACAAGUAAUGCCAUGGAGCUCCUGAACCUUAUUAAUAUGAAAUGCACCCACUUAAAUAAAUUGGAUGGAAAGAAAAACAACAUUGGAGAAACAGAAUCCAAGAAGAUACAUGAUUUUAGCAUGUUGCCUAAAAUAGUGAAAGAUGUGUCAUUUAUGGAUGAUGUUCACUUGGCUUCUGCUAACAGUGAACAAGACAGGAAGCACUUAUUGGACUCCCAAUGGGUAAAUCCACCCAAAAAUGGUUGCCCUUCAUCUAAAGAAUACAUCUCUGAUACCCCACAUGAAAUAUCAACCCAGAGCAGAGACAAAGCUCAAACUGGACAACCCUCCACAUUUGGAUCUAUAGAACAUGAUGCUUGUGUUAGGAGGACCCCCCGGAAACAGAGGACACCCACUAAAAGUGUGGAAAGGCUGGAUCCCUCAUUCCAUGGUAUUGAGUUUCAGAUGCAUCUCUGUUUUGAGGAGAAAUGUGAUGACUGCCAGCUCAUGGUGACCUCAUUUUACAGCCGGGGAAGAAGCCGCAGAAAGAGCACAAAAUCCAACCUCCGUUUUAAAUCCACAUCAAUAUCCAGCGGGUCAGAGGAUGAUCAGAUGCUGACAUCUUUAUCAAGAAACAAACAAUGCGCAUCUUGUAAGACCCAGAAAACUCCUCUAUGGAGGGAUGCAGAGGAUGGGACACCACUGUGUAACGCCUGUGGAAUCAGGUAUAAAAAAUAUGGAUUGAGAUGUGGACAGUGCUGGAAUAUCCCCAAGAAAGAUGGAAAAUCAUGCACCAGAUACUGUGGAUGUGGAGGGACGUUCAGAGCUCCCAUGUGAAAGAGGAAGCAAUGACAGGAUGUUGAAACAUGUUUACAACUUGUAGGAUGCAUGCUACCUUCUCCAAGUUCAACUGCAGCUAAACUUAUUUCCAAAAAAGAGGAUUUUGUCUUAGGUGACAUUUUUUCAAAGAACUGAAGUUAAUUUAUAUUGUUAUAAAUCUGUGUUAAUUUAUCUCCAUUAAA